AUGAGCAGAAGAAACUCGGAUCUGAUUAUAUUUGAUUAUGGACCGCACACAAGUCAUUAUCAUCAAGUACAUGAGUCAUUAUUUGACAGUACUCGUUCCUCAGAGGAAGGCAAGUGUUCCAACAAUGUUACCAGCGACCAUGACCUUGCGGUACAAUUACAACUAGCGUAUGACGAAGAGAACUUCACCUUCCAGAAUAGAGGUCAGGCCGAUUCAACAAGUGCAAGCGAAGAUGUCACCAAUGAUGAAAACAUUGCAAGGCAACUGAAUGAAGAAUUAAAUGGCUCUAACAUCAGAUCAGUCGACAUUUCAUCAUUGGGAAGUCCGAAUGCCAUCACUCGAAUACGACGACGACGUGAUCAUCGUAACCAACCUUUAAAUAUUGAAGACUUAAAUAUAAAUAUCCCAUCCUUACUUGAAUUUCCUGAAGCAAUUUAUUUCAAUGACAACCUAACUGAAGGUCACGAAGAACCAAGUGGAGGAUUAAAUCGUCGAGAUUUAAAUUCGAUUAUCUUUAGAUUUAAAACGAAAUUGCAUCAAAGGAAUCCCGAUGCAAGAAAGCUACGUAUUCAACUUUCAUCAAGAAAUUCGGAUAUUAUGUUUACCGAAUUCAUUAGUGCCAUUAGGCAAUUUAAGGAAAAGGAUUUUAUAUUGAAGCCAGAAAUUGUCUUCAGAAAUGAACCCGCGUUAGACGCCGGUGGAGUGUUUAAUGAUACAGUUCGUCAAAUUUUGGAAAUAUUUAUGUCACUAGAGAAUCCAGAGUAUGGUGGCGAUGGACAUCUAUUUACGGGAGAUUCAUCCAAGCUUAUCAGUUCCACAGCACCGGUUCAUUUUAUGGAUGAACUUGACGCAUUUGGAGAUGUAUUGUUCCUGGCGGUAAUCCACAACGCACCAUUUCCUAAUGACCUUGAUAUUACCCUGUUUAAGUACUGUUUGAACAUGGAGAACACUAUAUCAUUGGAUGACUUAAAAGGUUUCAGCAUGCCAAUGUACAAUCUUGCUAGAAGGGUAUAUGAUGCACCACAAAACGUGAAUUUGUCAACCAUAGAAGGAUUUGAUCAAUGGGCAGAAGAGAAAGAAAUCAAUGCUAUACAAAUGCAAUUGUAUUCCAGAUCAAGAGAAAAUCUAAAGAAGUUGGCCAAUUUAAUUUGUGAGGAUGUGUUGAUUAAUAGUCGCAUCAAUCAGCUUAAAGCAAUAUACAAAAAAUUUAACAAAUUUGGAUUUUUUGAUGCUCUGAAAGCGAAAAAAGUUACAAUUGAGGACAUUAAGAAUUACUUUUAUCGUGAGAUAGUAACACCGAAUGACAUCAUCCGGAAAUUGACGUUUGAUGAGAACCUGAAUCACAGACAGAGAAAUGUUCGGGAUUGGCUCAUUGAUUGGUUAAGAAUGCAAGAUAAAACAAAGUUACAGGAAUUUUGUAGAUUGGUUACGGGCUUUAAAAACCCUAGGGAGCGAAUAAAGGUAUCUUUUAAGGCUCACAUUUACCACGAGCCCAGAGAACUUCAACUUACGCCCAAAUUUGUCACAUGCUUCCAAGAGAUGAAAAUUAGCGAAGGUUUCUCAUCACGUCAAGAAUUUUGUACAAUCAUGAACGCACAGGUUGAUCAGUCAAUCCAUGAUAAUAGAUUCACCACAGCCUAA